UACGAACAGACGAAGCGAAUGAACAUGGCGACAGCAGCGGGAAACAUGCUCACACACAGCCGGACCGGGGCCUAUAAAAGAGAAGCGGACGCGGCCUGUGGCUCUUCCACCAACUGCCGGUCAACGGUUGACUGAACUCGCCGAGGAAGGUCACGUCUCUGCCGAUGUUUCGCUCGUCUGGUCUCUUCGCGGAUGUGAAGUGUCCCUCCCGGGGACUCGGGCUCUGUGAGCGGCCUCACUGCUUCUACAAACAUGGCUCUCGGCAGCGGGCCGCCUCCGCCGCCUCCGCCGCCGCCUCCUUUCAACCCUCCGCGGUCCCCUCAGCAGAAGUCCAGAAUUGCUACCUGUCACUUGUCUGUGGAUCCCCAGCGAGCGAUGACACCACAGACGACAGUCUCCAAGAGCUGGAGCGGAUCAACAAGGAGAUCGAAGCUGUGAGGCACGAGGUGGAGCAGGAGCAAAGACGACUGUCGCACUACCAGACCAUACAGUCAGACAGCAGAAACACUGUGUCCAAGUCUGAGACUACAGGUAAACGACAGGACAGACGUUCUCUUUCGUCACACUCUGACGUCAGAAAGACGUACUCGCGGACAAAGAAGUACGUGGUUGACAACUCAAAACCAAGGACUGACUUGGAGUAUGACCCCCUGUCCAACUUUUCAGCUGACUUGCGGUCUUACAGCUCAUCAAGUAAGGAGCAGAAAGUGAAAAAUGCACAAGUUAUUAACGGAGAGAGAGACCCUGUGCCGUGUGACCAAAAGAGGCCGGUCGCUCAGGCUCCAUUUUCUCCCCAAACGCCAUCUCCAGGGCUACUCGAGGACCCGAUUGAAGACAGUGUCCUGAUUAUUGACAUUCCUCCCUCACCUGACCAAACAAGAGGCCAAUCUCAGAAACCUGACUGUGUUGCUGGCAGUGCCCAGGGUACAGUAGAACAACUGAAGGAGAGGGUUCCCAUUGCACUUGAUUCUCCACUGCUGCGCUUUGCAGAUGCUGCGGCUUACCAGUUCACGUCUCCACGUGCAUCAAGGGUAGAAUCACUUAAAGCAUGGGAAAAUAUACCAGUUGAUGGGAGUGUAAUUGACCUAACUGGAUGUUUAGAAGAUCUGGAAAAUGAAUGUCAGAGAAUCUCUUGUCAGGCUGCUGAAACAGAAGUCGACAACAGUCCUGAGCCUGUAAGUCCUCCUGCCUCCUCAGACCAACAAUAUCAGAGUUAUUACAAUCUGGGCAUUGAAGAGGAAGAAAAUGCGCCUCAGGUCGAAUUGCCUCUGUUUGAGGUAUCCGGUAGUGUUGAGAGAAUGAAUCCACUGCAGUCACAUUAUUUUCAGUCGAAGCAUUCGCCUUCAUAUACAGCUCCGGCUGCAAACUCAGGGUCACCAUGCAGGAAACGCACCACCCAAGCCCAGACAACAGAGAUGUAUGUUCAUAACCACCUGUCUCCCAAGCGAAGUGCACCACCACUGGUGUCAGGAAGCCAGGAAAUGUCAGGCACAAUACCAGGACAGAUGCAGGGUGGUUCUCUCAUUAACCAGGCGUCAGCGGUUGUAUACCAGGAGCAAGCAGAACCAGCUUCAGGCAGCAACCAGUGUCAAAAUCAGAACUCUUUAUCAACAUCUGUCAACUCGCAUUUGAUGAACAGAGGUGAUUCAACAUCUGAAACCACUGAGGAGCUUUUGGUCAAGGAAGGUCAUGAAGAGGUUAUAAUAAUCUCCAGCUCCGAGGAUGAGCAAGAGCUCAACUAUUCGGACAUAGAGCUGUCAGAGAGUGACCCAAUGGAGGAAUGCUACAGGAUCUUCAUGGAGGCAAAUGAUGAGGAUAAAGGAAAUAAAGAGCAACCUGAUGUGUCUGUUGCAGCAAUGGAAGUGGAGAAGGCAGAGUUGACCACCACACCUCAAACUUUACCAGGAAAGAAGAGGGUGGCACAUGAAGCCAAACAUGCAGAGCAGCCACUGGCAAAGAGCAGACCUCAAGCCAAGAUUUUGAUCCCUCUGCGUGAACCAGCAGCUUCAGGAUCCGGCUCCCAGUCCUCCAUCCCUUCAAAGAUCCUGCCGGCACAGCAGAGAGCCUCCAUGCUGACUGCUUCAGUAAAAGGUGCUCAGGCUUUUGCUUCCUUCUCGUGUCAGAAGAAGCCAGAAACCCAGACUACUGCUUGUCCUCCUCAGACCCCUGCAAACAUACAACCAGCCCCUGUGCAGAAUGCUUACAUAAACUACCUACCUUUGGGAACUCCUGUGAUCCAAGUAGGGAGCAACUUGCACUUGAUCCUCCCAGAGGGCACCUUCCCUCUGUCUGUUACUUCAAGUUCCUGCCCUGUUUCUUCAGUGCUGACCCCGGUCACUCAAGUGCACAUGAGCACUAUGAAACAAACUUGCCAUAAAGCUGCAGUAACUCCCGUGCAAAGAUACCAUCCAACAGCACCCAUGCUCAUUCCUGCUCCGACGCGUAAAACGUCCUUGGCCUCUGCUACAGCACAUUUACAUCCAGCUGCCUCCACUACAUCUCAACCUACUGCUGCCGCCAAGCCAGCUCCUACUAAACGUAGACUGAAGCAGCAGAGCGGGGCCACCAAAGAGAAAGUGCCCCACGAUGUCAGACAGCGUUAUGUCACCAUGUUUACAGAAGAGUUCCUCAAAACAACAGCCAAUGUCAACGAGGCCUUUGAAAAGGCUGUUGCUGAAGAGGAGACCGUGUACAAUCGCAGCGCCAACAAACUCAAAUAUCUGAGUGUCGCUGUGAAUUCACUGAAGAGGCUGAAGAAACAAAGUUGUGUUUCAUCCAAAGAUGAAAAUGAAGUCAACGGCCAAAGAUCGAAAGGCAACAUAACCUUCAACCUGGAGAUGUUUCAAGCAAAUGAUGAUGUGGCAUUGUACGAGAGUUUGAAGGAUUAUAUUUUGACCGAGGAAAAGCUGAUUGAGAGCAACUAUCCUGUCCAGCACCCGGAGAAAGCCGGCUCCGCUGCUCUUUUUGCCGACAAUAAGAAAGGCAGCACAGACCCCUUGAAGAGGAUCUGCUGUCGAUGUGGGGCCACGUACUCUGUUGGCCUAACAGGCAAACACAUCCGCAAGGAGGAGUGCAACUACCACUAUGGGAAAGUAGUAAAGAACAAAGUGCCUGGUGGAGUGGAAACCCGCUACAGUUGCUGCCAAGGAGUGAUGGGAGCACCUGGAUGUCAGGUGUUUAAGUUGCAUGUCCAUGAUUUCAUCUCCAUGGACGGGUUUGUGUCUACCAAGCAUAGACAUCCCAUGGAUACGAGUUGUCCUGGAGUCUACUCCUUGAAUUGUGAAAUGUGUUACACUGUUCAUGGCCUGGAGCUUUCCAGAGUGACGGUGAUAAACUCUAGUUUACAAGUCAUCUACGACACCUUCGUCAGACCUGAUCACGAGGUCAUUGAUUACAACACAAGAUUUUCAGGCAUCGGGGAGGAAGACGUGAAGGGUAACUACACGUCCGUCAGAGAGGUGCAGGAGACGUUACAGAGCUUCAUUAGUGCUGACACCAUUCUGAUUGGACACGGCCUGGAAGCAGAUCUCUGUGGCCUGAAGUUGCUCCAUGGGACAGUGGUGGACACAUCGCUGGUCUUCCCCCACCGUCUGGGGCCCCCCCACAAGCUCACCCUCAACAAACUGACAGCUGAAUACCUUCUACGGAUCAUCCAAGAGAGCGGUGGGUCCUCGUGGAUACAGCCACGGCACAAAUGUCUACAAACUACAACCCAUCUGAAUUUACAUCCAAAUAAAGACAAAAUCACAGUCGUAUUAUACGUUUGAAUCUCAUCAAAAUAUGUAUAAGAAGCACAAAAACUGCAAUUUUGUUACAGAGGACGUUACUGUCAUUAUUCGUAUGUGAUAUAAAUAAUGAUUUACUGUUUCUCCCAGUUUGUGGCCACGACACCGCCGACGACGCUGCCGCCUGCAUGGAGCUUAUGUUAUGGAAGCUCAAAGAAAGUGGAAAACUGAAAAAAUGAUGGAAAUAAAACAAGAAACAAUCUCUACACUGUUCAGAUAUGAAAAGACAGGAGCUGCAAAGCCAAUCUUUGUGUGUGAGGUUCUGUCAUCUCUGAAGGGCUGUGUAUUUAUUUAGUUUUUUUUUUUAGUUUGAUUAUAUCACUUGAUCUAUGUUGAUAACACAGUUUCCUUGAUGUCAAAGUCUGAAUUGCAGCCCAUGUGUGAUAUAAGUAUUUUUGAUGAUGCUGUAGUGUGCCAAGAAAACCUGAAGCAGUGGGGUCAUUUGUAAUAAUAAUAAUAUCUAAGUAAAGGCACAGAACAAA